AUGGCUUGUACCAAAAUGACUGCAAGAAAACACGUUCAACAGAGAGGGGCAAAAAAAAAUAUAGCCAGCAAGGCAAGAAAGAGGGGAAAGCAUCCUCCAGGACAACAUGUGGCUCAUAUGAAACCUCGACGUCGCUAUCAUCGAAAAGCUGGUACUACUGCUCUCCGUGAAAUCCGCCGUUAUCAGCGUGAUGUGUUCCAUUCCAGCGUCUUGUCCGAGGCUGCAGAGGCAGUUUUGGUUGAUGAAUUCACAAUGACAAAUCUAUAUGCCAUCCAUGCCAAACGUAUUACCAUCCAGGAUAGGGAUAUGAAAUUGGUGCAGAGGCUGUGA